AUGAUGCCUUUCAAAGAAUCCUUCCACACUCUGCUUCUCCUCCUAACAACUGAAUUCAUCCUGGGAUCCUUUGCCUUUAGCUAUGAGGACUUUCUCAUGAAGCACUAUGACUUCCCUAGGAGCCUCGUUGGAAACCACUAUUGCAAUGCCAUGAUGCAAAACCGGGGAAUGACCAGGCCCAAAUGCAAGCAAGUUAAUACCUUUAUACAUGACACCAAGGCCUACAUCAUUGACGUGUGUGACAGAAAAGGGGUGUUUUAUGGGCAUGAGCUACGCCAUAGCAUAAAGAUAUUUACAGUCACCACCUGCACUUUGAGAGGAUCAUCCACCAAUCCUCCUUGUGAUUACAGGGAAAACACUUUGCCCAGAUAUAUCAUUGCUUGUGAGAACGGAUUCCCUGUGCAUUACGAGGAAGGACAGAUUUAA